AUGAGCGCCACCAGUACCGUCACGAUCAUCAGCCCGGACGAUGGGAGGCGCUACCGCCUUAACGUCAAGGGUAACGUUGGGCGGUUGACGAUUGGGCGGCUCAAGCAGUACCUCGCGACGGCCUCAUCGUGCCCGAUCCCCGCAGCAGAACAAGUCCUGAAGCUCAACGGCACCCCGCUUCACAGCGACGAGGAGGUGUGCGCCGCGUACGGCAUCGCUAACGGCACCACGCUAACUGUCGAGCACCACUCUGACGUUAAUCCAAAGAACAACAGCAUGGCCUCCUUCGUCUCCCCACAACGGCGGGCACUCGAGUACCAAACAAUCCGCCAGCAGGAGGCAAGUUUCGGUAACGAUGUUGUGGCGUGUGAUGAUGCCCUGCAGGGGAAGAUCGAGCAGCUAAAGGACCAACUUGAGGCGGCGGGAAGGAAGAAGAUGGACCUCGCACGGGAGAAGGACAGGACAGAGCGAGAGUUAGAGAGGAUCCGCCAGCAAGAAGAGGCAGCAGAGAGGGAGCGGCAGCGCCUGGCUCUGAUGCAGCAGCAGGAGGCAGAGCGGGCAGCACGUCGUGCGGCCGACUUGGCCGCACGUCGCGAGCAGCUCAAAGCAGAGGAGGAGGCGACUCGGGCUGUCGCUCUUCAGAAGCUCGAAAACGAGCGACGAAGAGCGUUACUAGAGCAGCAGCGAGCAGAGCACGAAGCAGAGAAGAGGCGUCUUGAGAAGGAGAGGGAGGAAUACGAACGUCGUGCUAGGGAGCGUGAGAUGCGGAUCCGGGAGAAGGAAAUAGCCAUUGAACAGAAGGUCCUAGCCGCGGAGCACGAUCGGAAGGAACUCAAGUUAGACCGACUCGUCUCGCAAAAGAAUCGGGCGCUGUACUACGAACGUGUGGGUGCGCUGCCGCCACCAGAGCUCCAGCAGGAGGCGCAGAUGGUGGCGUGGAAAGACCUUGGCUCGUCAUCAUCGCAACCUGCACAACUCAACCGUAGCGACGCUGCACAAGGGCUAGACAUUGGCUUGUACACCAACAGCAGUAACAAUAACAAUGGUUAUGGUGGUCGUGUUGGUCUCAACGCAAGUGAAAGCAAGGGGCCGUCGUGUCCACGGCAGCAGCGUCAAGCAUACAGGCGCAGCAAUGCCCAACAUCCACCGGGCUUCCUUGACAGCGACGAUAACACCAAUGUGAGCAGCUACGCCAAUCAUCCUGAGCCGAACGAGUCGCUCCCACCAGGGGCCCCUAGCAGCAUGAUAAUGAUGGCGUGUAAGGAUGGCAGCACACUGGCCCAAGACGAAGGUUUGUAUGAUGUGCAUGAGAACGCCAUUGAUAACUUGCACUGCAUGAGCCAGAGUCUCGGUAUGGAGAAACCGCUGGAGUUUGAUGCUAACAACACAUGUGUCUUCAGUGUUGAUGGACAAUACACACUGUUGGUGACCUUCGACGCGACAACAGAGAGGCUCUACUUGUACUCAACGAUCAUGACAACCAUUCCAAAGGACCCUGAAGUGCGACUGCGGGUGUACGAGUUUCUGAUGGAGGGCGCGCUGCUUGGGCGGGAGAUGUGCGGCGGCGGUGCUGGAGCAUCGCUCAAGAACGACUUCAUCCUCCUCUCAACGAGUAUUUACCUCCCAACAAGCCAUCCCACAAGUCUGCGUGCUCUCACGCCGCACUUUAUGCUUUCACUGAACAAAUGGCGAGAAAAGCUGCAGGAGCUGCUCGACACAAUAGAGACACGACAGGAAGAGGUGAAUCCGGCUGCUGGAAAGAAUGGCCGUGUUGCCGCGGGGGACGCAAACGGCUUGAGGGCAAAGCGUACACAACAGCCGAAGGAGCGCAAUUCGCUGCGUGGGUCUACAGUCUCCACACGCCACAGCGACACACUCGCUGUAGAGAAUGGAGAAAAAAAAAAGAGUGGUGGCCCUGUUAUCGGCAUAGAGGCGACGGAUGUGGUGCUGAUCAACGGCGUCCCCUCCAAGUAUGACGAUGGUGUUUUGGUUGUUGAUGUGAGGGGGCCAGCAGCGGUUGCCGGUAUACAGCCGCACGAUUUGAUCAAAAAAGUGAACCACAAGCAAGUGACAAGCCUUGCGCAGUUUCAGCGCGAGGUGUCGCAUUUAGUCGCAGGCACCGUAGCUCCUUUCGUCGUCGACCGUAACGGUAUGCUGCUUGUGGUCGCCGUGAAGGUGGACUCGGCGUAA